UCGUGUUUGAAGGCGGAGCUCUGAGAGGAGAGCCAGAUGAUCUAACGUUAAUCGUAAUCGUGACAUUUUUACUUUGGAAAGGGCGAGACCUCUCUACCAAAGUUUCACUUUAACGUUAAUUCCGAGCCAUCACCUAACCUUUUUAUUUUGAGUCCUGUAACGCAUCUCUUCAACGGUACGUGUGGAUUAAAAUCAGUAUCUGACGUUAACGUACUUGUGGGCGGAAGUGGUUGUGAAGGCGUUAAGCUCAUUACCAGGCAGACAUGGCUACCCAGUGUGUAACCAAGGUGGAGCUGACUGUGGUCUGUGAGAAUCUUCUGGACAAAGACAUUGGCUCCAAGUCCGACCCUCUGUGUGUCCUGUUAAUGAGCAGCUCUGAUUCCCAGUGGUAUGAGGUGGGACGCACGGAAAAAGUCCAGAAUUGCCUCUGCCCAAAGUUUGCAAAAAAGUUUGUCAUCGACUACUACUUUGAAAUAGUGCAGAAACUGAAGUUUGGGAUUUAUGACAUCGACAACAAAACAAUUGACCUGAGUGACGAUGACUUCCUGGGACAACUGGAGUGCACCUUGGGCCAGGUUGUGUCCAGUAAAAAACUGAUCAGACCACUUGUCUUGAAGAACAAGACCCCUGCAGGAAAAGGGACCAUCACAAUCACUGCAGAAGAAAUAAAAGAUAACAGGGUUGCGAGUUUUGAAGUUGAAGCAAGGAAACUGGAUAACAAGGAUUUCUUUGGGAAGUCCGACCCUUAUCUGGAAUUCUACAAGCAGACAGCAACAGGAUGGCAGCUGGCUCACAGGACCGAGGUGGUGAACAACAAUUUGAAUCCAACAUGGAAACCCUUUCGGAUCACACUGCAGUCUCUCUGUGGAGGAGACCUGGAGAAACCUAUAAAAGUUGAGUGUUAUGACUACGACAACGAUGGCUCACAUGAUCUUAUUGGAACCUUUGAGACGACAAUGACACGCUUCCAACAAGCUUCACGGACGUCUCCGGCAGAGUUUGAUUGUGUCAACAGUAAAAAGAAACAGAAGAAGAAAGGAUACAAGAACUCUGGUGUCGUGAGCGUGAAGCUAUGCCAGGUGGUGAAGGAGUACACCUUCCUGGAUUAUAUUAUGGGAGGCUGUCAAAUCAACUUCACUGUGGCUAUUGACUUCACAGGCUCCAACGGAGAUCCCAAGUCUCCUCAGUCUCUGCAUUACAUUAGUCCUCAGGGCGUUAACGAGUACCUGUCUGCCAUCUGGUCUGUGGGCAAUGUCAUCCAGGACUAUGACAGUGACAAGAUGUUUCCUGCCUUUGGCUUUGGAGCCCAAAUCCCUCCCACAUGGCAGGUUUCCCAUGAGUUCCCUCUCAAUUUCAACCCAGCAAAUCCAUUUUGUGCAGGCGUUGAGGGUGUGGUGGAGGCCUACAGGGUGUGUCUGCCUCAGGUCAAACUCUACGGUCCAACCAACUUCUGCCCGAUCAUCAACCAUGUCGCCUGCUUUGCUAAGCAAGCCCUCCAGCAGACCACUGCAUCACAAUACUAUGUUCUGCUGAUCAUCACCGACGGAGUGAUCACAGACAUGGAUGACACCCGCAGCGCCAUCGUCAACGCCUCUCGCCUGCCCAUGUCCAUCAUCAUUAUUGGAGUGGGGGGGGCAGACUUCAGUGCAAUGGAGUUCCUUGACGGAGACGAUGGACGUCUGCGCUCUCAGACUGGCGAGACUGCCAUGCGAGACAUUGUCCAGUUUGUCCCUUACAGGCAGUUCCAAAAGGCUCCUCGAGAAGCACUGGCAAAGAGUGUGUUGGCAGAAGUACCAGGUCAGAUGGUGGACUUCUUCAAUACCAUGAAGCUGAUUCCCCCCAAAUCUAGUCCUGCACCAACGCCUGCAGGGACCAUUUAAUCAGAAGAAACCAGACGUCAUCUCCUGCAGAUAUAAAGCAGACCCUCAUCACGCAAUUAGGAAAAAUGUUCUCUCUACUUUUCCUAACUCAACUCUUUUUUUCACCACUGUAACAAAAUAUCAGAAUGCAGCUUUUCAUAGACAACCACACACAAUACAUUGAACAUAAGUACUAUUGACCGACCUGUAUUUUUAAGUGUCAAAAUAGACCUAGCUUUUGUUAGAUAUUAACAUCCAUAUGUUAAUUUUAGCUGUUCAGUGCAAGUUCAACAUAGAAAACAAACAUAAUCAUUCCAUCAUAAAGUAAGUUGAUGAGCAGGGAAUUGCAUUUUCAAGAAUAUUUUUUUGAAACGGCACAAAGAUAUAAGCAUUAAGUUUUUAUUACUCACUGAAACCAGAUAUAGUCUGAAAAACAUAACAUUAACAUUACACUUGGUGUAAACUAGCCUGCUACAGAUUUGUUUACGCAUCAUGAGUGUGCAGUUUAUUUUUGUGCCUGUUUGUUGGCUCCAGCAUCAGGUUAUAACGGUUAAGUAAAAGGCUUUUAACCAUGGCAUCAGAUGCAUGGGAAACGGGUGUGACAGUGAAGUAUAUUACAUGGGUUAGACACAUAGUUAUCAUAUAUGUUGUUUAUGUCCUCCGCAAAAUACCUGCAGCACUACUAGUAGCAUAAACAUGUACAUAUUGUGUCAUAUAGUAGCUUUUUUGGCAUAGAAUAUAUUUUCAUUAAUGUUUUUGACGCACAUGCUUCCUUAUGCACUUACCUAUAGUGACGUUUUACUCAAAGAAAUGCCAAACUCUGUGUAGGUUAUAAACCUGUGUAAACCCAGAGCUAUUUAUACCUUAAAGUAUGAAUCGGAAAUAUUGUGAUAAUUAGAAAAAUAGACUCAUUGUAGAUUUGGUUGUCGUGUGCCAGUCUCAUAUUGGUGUACGUUUACUGUGGUCUACCAUUAUGCCAUUUACCUUUUUGGGAGCUUUGCCGUCCACCUUUAGAUUUAGCAAAGACACCGGGCAGUUCCCUGGACAAGGACCAACAAGUCCUAAACUCAGGAAUUUGUUUUCCAACAAUAUGGCCAUUGACUUGAUUUAGUCUAAGUUUCUUCAAUUAUCAGUAUUAAACAUGCUAUCUAUGUAGAAACUAGAUACUGUAUUUCUUAUUGAAAUCCAUGCAUGUAGUGUUUUUCUGUUGCGAUUUAAUUGUUUUUAUUUGGUUGUACAAUGAAAGCUAUAAACAUGUGUCUAUCAGCUUUAGUGCUCUAAUACAAAUGGGUAAUGUGCCUUAGUGUUAACAUACAGAAAGUGUACCAAGUCUGGUAAUAAAGCACCUCUUAUUCAAAACAA